CUUAGUAGCAUUAGCCAUCGCGGCUUACGCCAGUUGAUCUGGACCUUUUCUCCUUCAAAAUUUCUUUGUUUUUGUCACUGUCAUGCUUUUGUGAGAAGGCUGUGAAAUGGUUUUGUUAAAUAGCAAUAGCAAUGAGGAACAGGAUUUAAUCCUUAAUGAGCCUCGCUGCUCAUCUCUACCCAGCUCUCCUGCAAAACGUGUUUCUCCAGCCAAAAAGAAGCAGUUUUUUAUUAACCAGGCCAUUCGUAACUCUGACCUCACUCCCAGAGCCAAUGGCAAGAAGAGUCUGAGACGACAGGAAAACACUCGUUUUCUGGACAAUCUUUUGGAACGGGACGAGUGCUCUAAAGAGGAUGGUGAAGGACAUGAAACAGCCUUGCCCACCAUCUUCACUGAAGCCUGCACCAAUGGAAACUAUGUGGAGUACUGGAGUGAUUUUAUGAAUCGUUCUGGGGAGGAGCAAGAGCGACUAUUGGCUCUGCUGGAGGAGGAGGCCCAGAGGACCCACUCCGACAAGGGCCAAAAAGACCAAAGAGAAGUAAAUCCUGCCUUCAGUGCUCAGGAAUGUUUUCAGAGAAUUGAUCGGCGGCUACGUGCAACGCUGAGACGCAGACAGAUUCCCAUGGGAGUGUUGGAGGGUCUGGAGUCCGAUCUGCUGGGAUUCUUCAUGGCACGUCCACACUCAAUUUACAUUACCAAACUCAGCAACAGUUAUGAGCGACUGCUGCUUCAUGCUAUCUGCCAGUACAUGGAUCUGACCUCUGCUAGCUCUGACUGUAAUGGUGCUCGACAGACUGAGGUGGUCAACAAACAGGAAGAGUUCCUCCCUCCGCAGCCUCUGCUCUCUGCCUACCUGGAGCAGUUGAGCUGAACUGCUAUGAAUCCUGGCUACAACCAGUACCACUGAUGCUCAUCCAGCCAGAACUUG